AUGAUUAUAGACAACCUAUUGGAUCAGACUCAUCGUAACACAAGGAGAGGCAUAGUGUUUUCCCAUACUCGCAAGACUUUUACAAUAAAGCCAGACUCACCCAAAACGAGAGAAGCAUGCUUAGCUUUAGGGUAUGAUCCCCAAAUCUUUUAAUUUAAGUAAUUGUUUGCUUUUCUAACAUUCAGAACUUUCGAAGAGUUUGCUGAACCAGGGAUAACUGAGAAUGUCUAAAAAAUGAGAUAUGAUCAUUAUAUGAAAAAGACUGAAAGUGCUUUGCAAGAAAUAAGCAAGUAGCGAAAGGUGAUAAUCAAAAAAUAAAAAGCGAUCACAAAUCUACACCUGGAGAAGAGCUAUUAAAGAGACGAGGAAUUAGUGAAUGAUUUGAUUGAGACUUACAAUAAGAAGAUGAGCAACAUCAACAAUGUGGAGAACGAUGAUUCCUAUCUUUCAUUUGAUGAAGAGGAUCCUAUUCUCGUUUUGGAAUAGCAAUUAGAAAAGGAGAUUACAAAGUACAAGAAACAAUUGCAAGUGAAAGCCAAAGAAGUUUAACAUCAAUUGGAGAACGAAAAAAAAAGAUAAAAGCUAUAACACGACAUGAUUGAAAGAGAGAAAAAGAUUGAGGAUUUGUAAUAGAAGAUAGCGCAUUAGAAGGAACUGAAAAAGAAAGAACUAAAACGAGCAGCACAGAAAAAGUUUAAUGAGAUCAAAGAGAAGGAGAGAGAAAGAUAAAAGAAAUUGCUUGAAGAUAAAAAGAAGUAAGCUGAAAAAUUCGAGAAAAUACGUAAGAAACUGGAGGCAGAUGAAUUAUAGUAAAAGAAAGAACUAGAGGAAUAGGAGAGAAGAUAUCAAGAAAGAAGGCAUGCAAUUCAAUAGAGAAAGGAAUUGUAAGAUAAAGAAUACAAUUUACACCUGGCUUCAACAAUGAAUUAGAUUGAAUAGAAGUGGGCUGAGACUUCAUAAAAUAAGGAUAGACAAAUAUGGGAAUCCAAAUUGGAAAGAUUAACUAUGAGAAGUACUUUACAUGAAGAAAAGUUAAGACAAUACAAAGCCAAAACUCAAUAAAGAGAGGAGUCUAUGGUGUAGUCAAUUGUUAAGAAGUUGGCUACGAAAGAGGAUGAUCUAAAAGCCUUAAGGUAAUCUAAAGAAAGGGAGGAGUUAUUGAGAAUCAAAGAAGAAAAAUUAAGAAAAAAGAAGAUUGAAAAAAGCUUAAAGAAUAUCAAAUCUUAGUAGUUUGGUAAAGUUGAAAGUUUGUAAAAGAAAUUUCAAUUGCUUGAAGAUUUCUCUUAAAAAAGAAAAGAGGAAACAGAAAUUUAGAAGUACCUAAAGAAAGAGAAAAUGAAAUUGAAAUAAUUGGAUCUUGAUGAAAAUUAUUAAAGAUAAGAGAGAUUGAAGGAUCUAAGAUUUAAGCAAUUGAUAAAAUCAACUCAAUAAUUAAAUGAAUAAAAAUCAUUAGAAAAGAUGUCUAAUGAACUUGUACGUAGAGCCUAACAGGAACUCUAAAGAAGAUUAAAGAAGGAUGCCGAAAACCUAGAUUAGAGUUUAUUAAAUGUUAGUUUAGCUGAUGAGAAACUAUUGAAUUAAAAAGUUAGUUAGCUUGAAAAGAAUUUAUCAAAUCUGGCUCAAAAUUCUAAAAUUUUAAGUUGA